CAUACCUGUAUCACUGGCCUACCGUCGGAAGUAGCGAAGAACAGGUGUGUUAUGUGUGCAUGAUACGACCACUGCCUGAGUCAGACGACAUUGUUUUAAUUACCUACACACCUACAGGGUUGUUAAUUUCAUAACAUACCAUACCAAGCGUACGUAAAUAUUCAAGUUUAUAUAUCAUUGACAGCCCGAAGAUACAUAUACACGGACACACAAUCUGACAGACGAUGUACGCGGCUAGCUGGUCUUUGUUUCCCCUCCUUAUCUCGACUCUCCUCGGAGUGAAAGGGAGCGAGUUUCGCAGAGUUUGUUACCAUACAAAUUGGUCAAAUCAUCUGGGGAAUUUCUACGUGCAAACCAUCGACCCAUAUUUGUGUACACACAUUAUCUAUGCAUUUGCAAGAAUAGACAUUAGUGAGAAGAAACUUGCCAGAACAGAAGUCGAUGACGACAAUGGAAUGUUGGGUGACGACAGAAGUGGAAAUUACUUUAAGUUCACAGGGUUGAAAACACAAAAUCCUAAAUUGAAAACUCUGCUCUCAGUUGGAGGGGAGACUUUAUCUGCAGUCUUCCCAAAAGUGGUCGCUUCACAUGUUUUGAGGGUUUUUGCACAAAACUGCAAAAUCUUUCUACGUGAUAGAAAUUUCGACGGUCUUGAUAUCGACUGGGAAUUUCCACAAAGUGCCUCAAGGGAUGACUUUACACAGUUAUUAAAGGUUAUGAGGGAGGUUUUUGAUGAUGAAACCCUUAAUGAAGGACAGUCACGUUUAAUACUGACUAUAGCUACGGCGGCCGGGAAGGACAAUAUUGACACCUCGUACAACAUGACAGAAAUAUCAAAAUAUGUCGAUUUUUUCAACGUUAUGGCGUAUGACUAUGCUGGUACUUGGAGCCAGAUAGCAGGUUUUGGAUCUCCACUGUACUCGAGGUUGUCAAACCCUCUCUUUAAUCCGGAAAACUCACAGAACUGGACUAUGAAUCACUAUAUAGCAUUGGGAGCUCCAAAAGAGAAGCUCGUAAUGGGAGUCCGUGGGGCGGGGGCUUCAUUCACUCUUAAAGACUCCUCAAAACACGAUGUGGGGGCACCUGUCAUCGUAGGAGGGGGCAAUAAGGGGUCAGUGAGACAGCUGAAAGGUCAUCUUGCUUAUUAUGAGAUAUGCUUUGAUUUGAUAAACAAAGGGGCGACAACGGUAUGGGAUGAUGAACAAAAGAGCAAUUAUGCUUACAUGGAAGAUCAGUGGGUAGGAUAUGACGAUACCAGGAGUGUAGUGGAAAAGGUGAAUUACGCUGGCAAUCUCGGAUUGGGUGGAGUCAUGUUUUGGGCUUUCGAUUACGAUGACUUUUCAGGUACUUACUGUGACAAUGGUACCUACCCAUUGCUGACGGCGAUGAAGAAUGCAGCAAUGAAAUAUACGACUGAAGACCCCUCACCGUCCUCCGUCGACAUCACCGUCCCUGCAUUACCAACGCUUUCUGUGACAACAGAGAAACCGUCAAUAAAUGACGGAACUUUCAAACUUUUUAAUGUUAUCGGCCACGGAGUAGUUCACAGCUCAUCUAGUCUUGUUAUCACUACUUUACUUUCUUUAUGUAUGCUUUUCUGUCUGUUUCAUUGAUUAUAAUUGUCGUCACAAUUCUUUCCUUUUACUCAUUUAUCUACCCUUUCUUCCCUUUCCCACCAACACCCACCCCUCCCAACCUCUUUCCCGAAUUCCGUCAUUUGAAUUUGUCGACCCAACCGUACGACACAGACAUUAGUUUCCUAUCUAGAUUACGAACAAACACACGAAAAACAGGUCUAACCAUGCCUUCUUUUUGUCACAUCGACCUUCAAUUAUCUGCCUUUUGUAUAACAAAAAGCUAGUAACGUGAUAGAAAAAAAACACUUUGUGACAAAUUGUUUCCUUUUAUUGUAUUUCCUUGUGAACAUUUUGUCAUAACACAUGAAAACAUUUCGUGUUUUGUUGGGUUUAAUUAUUUUCCCUGACAUUUGUGUAUUUUCGCAAUUUCCUUGGCGUCACAUUCCAUAGACUUUGAGUUCGUGUCCUUUCAUUGAAACCUCUAUUUAUGAUAUAAUGAAUUUGUUUUAUUUCAUCUUAACUGAUCAAAAGAUAAGAUGACAAUCUUUCUAUAUUCAUUUCAUUACAAUAUGCAACAAGGAAAACCCGAACAGCUGUUUCAGCUCAAAACCAUAAAAGCAGAGGGAAAGGAAAUGUUAACACGGUGACCCUUGAAAAAUUACUAGGAGAGUAAUACAAGGUGUUCCGGAAGGUUAAGCGUCUUUUUUGUUCACUGGAGAUAGCUUUCAUGAUAAUCUAAGUCAAAUGCAAGUAAAUUUAAACCCGGGAUAGUAUCAACAAACCGGAGGAAAAUAACACAAUCAAAACAUCGAUAUUCACUUAUAGUAAUAUAAUGUGAUCAUAAUGGCGACAUUGAAACUUAGACUUUUAUCAAUCUGUAUAUCUCGAAACAUUAUGUUGCAAAUCGUGAUAUCAGUAGCACACACGUUAAAAUUCGAAUCACGAUGCAACACGUUUACACCGUUAAUUGGCAGAGACAACAAAUGUAACUAUAAAGAAAGGGAAUAUUUUGCGAUAAAAAACAUCAAAAUCCUCUCGCUUAUCAUUCAGCGCAAUUAAAAGCUGUGCUUGUCGACCAUGUUGUAAAAAUUGAUCGAGGUAAGCUGCUGAGAUAGGACAGUUGGAGUUUUUGUAUACACUGGAUCAAACCAUAUUGGUAACGAGUUUUAAUGAGUAAUGCUUUGGUUUAGCCAAUUACAUUGGUCACGAAUCAGAACAGAGUAAAUGAGUAAUAUUUUGAUGAAGUUCCGUCUCUUACAGAUGUUAAUGUAUUUUUUAAAUAUGUACGUCAGUUUGCCAUUGUAAAGAAUAGCAACGCUUACAUUGUAAGUGCAACAGUUUUAUGAUGUAUUACCUGUAGUUUUGAUAUCUAAGUUUCUGUGGGUUGUUUUUUUGUGUAUUUUUAUGUACUUUCUUGUCUCUAUUUAAUGACGCGAUUGUGUAUGAUUUUUCUUUCCUCCUACUUGCAAGUACAUACAACUAUCAUUCGGUCCAAGGCUUACUGUAUACUGGAAAACUUUCUCUGCAGUUUAACAUACGCCUAUCCCAAAUCUAUAACGAAGGUGAAUGUAUCGUGACGGCGAACGUCAAUACACAACAUGUUACGAAAAGCAAUUUCACAUCACCGGCGAAUAUACCACUGGGCGAAUAAGUAUUUACCAGUACAGGGCGAAAGUUUGAUUAAGCGAAAGCUUCCCAGUACACAAUAUGAACUUCUUAUUAUCUCCGAUCAUUCUAUUUAUAUCAUAUCUCUCGACAGGAAACUAUGUCCCUGAUUCCUUUAUUUUAAUGCAUAUGUCUUUGCAAUGUUCUAUUUUUCCCGUCGAACUUAAACCUAUUCAGUCUGUUAUAUACCAAGCAAUUCAAUUCAAAAGGUUUGUCGCGAAAAUGUUAUUUUUCCAGUAUUAUAAAUUUAAAUAUUUUGCAUUAUAUUUAAUUCUGGCGAUUUGUCGUUAAACUUUUCUCUAAAGAAUGUACGGUAUAGGUUUCUAGGAUUUCAAUACCGUACUCUGUACGGAAGUUACGUUGCCGCGACAAUGUCACUAUUUACGGUUAUAUGAACUUUUUGUCUUCUUUUUCAUAUUCUACAUUUAGUCAAUCAGUGAAUAUGCCCAAAUAGUGUGGUAAAUAUUUACAUUUGUUUUAAUUGUAUUACAUGCCUUUUUAAGUGACAAUACCAUUUAUUUUGUGUUCUUAUCAUAAUCAGGUUACAUUUAAGCAAUAUUCUAAAACCACAGAAACGGCAAUACACUACAUAUAUAUAACAAAUAUAUUCCAAAGGUUAUCUACGAAAGAGCUUUGGUUUUUAGUUUUUUGAUUAAAACAAACUGUAUACCACGGUUAUUGCAAAACCGUUGAAACUGAAUAAUUAUCGUCCUUUAAAUACUAUUAGUUAUUUUGUAUAAUUGGUAACCACUAUCCAAUGUCAUGUUAAGAUCCGAAAUCGAUUGGUGCUUUAAGUUGUUUUAUAAUAUCAAUAGUGAACUUUUUUCACUUUCGAAGACUUUUACAUUUCAUCAAAAUAUUGAUACAAGUUCGGGUAACAAUGUUUCCUUAUAUUUUAAGGGUUCGAAAUAGAUUAUUAAAUAGAAAGCAAUAAUGUAUAAAAGUGUAUAUUAUAACUUUAUACAUAUAAAGGGCAUUCAAUGAUCUUCUAUACGAACAUUUUAUUAUUCCUUUUUCUGAAUAAAAUCUUUUUCUUGCGUUAUUGAGCAACCAACGACACUUGAAUUCACCUUAGGGCGAACAGUCCGGUUAUACAGAUAUCUAGUUAGGUUUGUUAGACCAUUAACAAAAGAAAAAUAUACAAGAUUAUAAUACAUUUCGUUUGGAUGUGUAUUCAAGACUUUGGCAAAGUUUCCAAUUUGUAUUGAAAUCGCCUUAUUGUCCCUUUCAAAGUACAUAUAACUGUUAAUCAUGUUCUUAUCGAAAUGUUCAAUGAUAGAUCGGUAGUGCCAUUUGUCCCAUUUGUACAAUCAAAUUAACAGACGUAUGUCUGGAAAAACAUGUUAAAUUGUGAUACAGAAUAAGUAAUUGUCGUGUGAA